AUGAAUACGAGCAGACCGGUAUCUGUUGAUAUACACGUGCUGUUUUUCGCUAAGUGCCGUGAAUUAUCUCAAACUACUCGCUCAGUAUUUACAGUCCCAUCUGAAAUUAGAGCCUCUGAUUUACUAGACAAAAUCGUUAUUCAAUUUGGCCUAACGACCAUACGGCAUAAUUUGAUUAUAGCUCAUAACGAAUCGUUCAUCGAAAAUUUAAAUGACAGUAUAUUUUUGAAAGACGGUGACGAAUUAGCUGUAAUACCGCCUCUAAGUGGAGGCUAAGCCAGUCGAAAUGAA